UUUCGUGCGAGUCGUGGAGUUUGUAGAAGCCGGUCCACAUAACCAGACGAUCACAAGAGAGCAGUGACAAGCAGGUGUUGUAGUCGUUCUUAUUCCUGCUUUGGAUGACAUACCAAGCGAUACAACUACCAAGCGAAAGGCUUCCACAAAGCAGAGGCCAGUAACUCCGGUAUAAUAUGUGUUAGGGUCGGCCGUGGCCUCGGUUCACCAUGAUAGCGUGGGGGACUACAACUGUGCUCAAGGCGACGUUGGUUGUAAUCUGGUCAAGUGCUUAUUCCGUGUCGGCAGACACGUGUACAUUUGAGGAAGGCUGGUGCGAGGAAUGGGUAACCCAAAACUGCAGCAGACACGCCUGCUUCAGUGUACGCAAUGUCGCCAGUAUGCAGCAUGGACCCGUUGAAGACCACACCGUUCAAACAGACCAAGGUUCGUGCGCCUACGCAACUGCCGGCCGUGGCAUGGGUGGACCCACCAUAAUUGCACGCCGGUCUACGGGGCCGCUGUGCUUUACCGCCUGGUACCACCAGUCCGGUACGGCGCACCAUGCCGCACAAUUCUAUGCGGCCGGCGCCGAUAGCGUGCGCCGUGAGUUCUACGCAACUCAGCGGGAGAUGGCCGGGCGCUGGCAGCGGGUGAGGUACUCGGAGGAGCGGAACGGUUCAAUCGAGAUACAGAUUUACUACUUCGUCAGAGACUCUUUUGAAGAAGCUACUUUUGCCGUUGAUGACCUGACAUUGGAGAGCGGAGAGUGCCCACAAGAACCAACGAACGGUUCCUGCAGUUUCGACUGGGGCGACACCUGCGGCUAUGAUCUUGGAAAGGGAGAAAAUAAAUGGAAACUUGAAGGCAGUCUGCGGGAGAGCUUCUUCCUACCGGACUACUCAACAGGCACUUAUCACGGUGGUGUCGUGUACCUGGGCCUGAAAAAUAAUCAUACGACCGCUCUUUUGACUUCUCCAAAACUCCCUGGACGUCCUGGAGUUCAGUGUCUUCAGUUUCAGUACUACAUUCCCUGGACUGAGGCGACGCCCGAAAAGGCAUACACCCUUAUUGCUACCGCCACAGGCAGCUCAGGUGGGCGUAAACGCAUCUGGUACCAGCCUCCCCGGCUACUGGUUAGGGGCGCCUGGGCCCCUGUGGACGUGACCUUCAAAGCGGAAAAUGACUUUAAGAUCGAAUUGCAGUGCACCCUCCAGCCGGAGCAGUUUAUUUCUAGACCCUUCUGCGCGAUCGAUGCCAUCACACUUCAAGACUGCACCGGAACGAGAGAUUUGCGGAACCGGCACUGCAACUUCGAAGAAGGCUGGUGUACAUGGAGAAAUACCAACAAACCAGGAAACACCGGAUUAUCCUGGGUUCUCGGUGGGGGGAAAGUAAAGACUACUGUACUGAGACCACGUCGUGACCACACAUUCGGAAACAGUUCAGGUUCAUAUGCAUUCGUGAGCAACCACGACGUAAAAAGCGGAGACUUUGCCGGGCUUAUCGGAGAGAGCCUCCCUCAAAACAACAAGAUAUCGCAGUGUGUCGUGUUUUGGUACAUCAUCUCGGGGCGUAAUGAUACAAACCUUAAGGUUCUGUACCAAAAGAAAGUACCACAAAAACGUCCUAAUGUGGCCCUGUGGAGUCAACAAGGUGGUGGUCCGGUCACGUGGCAGCAAGGCCGCAUUGCAGCUCCGCAUAACAUAAGCGUUAUAUUUUUAGGAACUGUUGGACCAGCGUCAACACCAGCUUACAUUGCGCUCGAUGACAUCACUGUUAAAGAAACAGACGACUGUGACAUCUUACCAAAAGGAGCCGAAGCUUUAUCCGCUGUCGACCUCCUGACCUGCAACUUUCAAUAUAAUCAACUUUGUCACUGGACCUCCAACGGCAUUUCGUCAAGAACUUGGAAGUUCGGGCCACCACUAGCAUCAAACCUUGGCCCUGUGAAGCGACCGUCUGAAACAAACGGCGGUAUGAUUCACGUGACGGGAGCUACGCUGGUCAAUAAUAGCGGCUUGCUGCGGCUCUCGUCGACAAUGCUUGGACGCCAGCCGGAACUUCUCUGCAUUUCGGCAUGGUACCACAUGUUCGGUGGCCGUGGCAUGAUCUUGCGAAUGAGGGCCCGCAAGACGGUCGCCGCAGCUGGAUUGCUCUGGCAGUAUUUCCCUGUCUUCUCCCAGUACGAUAGCACCACUGCUGACCGUUGGUACCAGGUGCGCCGUACGGUGAAUAUGAGUGGCCCCCAUAAUCAGUUGAUUUUUGACGCGGCUAUGCUAACGACAGCGAUGAACGACUCCGUCGUAACGCUAGGGCCCGUAGAAGCUCGGCCUGGUGCAUGUGACGUGCUGACGGACGGUGAAGGCUACUGCGAUUUCGAGUUCGACCAAUGUGGGUGGGAAUCAAAGAACGGAUGGAGGCGACAACUCAAGUCUAUCUCCCUCUCCAAUCCUGUGACAGGCUCGACAUCAGGACCGGAAAAUUCGGCUUACGUCCUUGCGGCCACCCGAGUGUCUUCAUCCCCAUCCGGCACCAUAGCGACUAGUCCAGAAUGGCAAGGAAAAAGCGAGCCUCAAUGCUUCGAGUUCUGGUACCUGCAGACUGUCAAAAGCGGAGUGCAACUGCAGGUUGAAGUGAUUACGAACAGCAAGAGUGAAGUGGUGUGGAAGAAGCCGCUGAAACCAAUCGGCAAUGAUUGGAUGCUGGGGCGCGUGGAAAUCGUACAGGCAAAUGCCUUCAAGGUUGGGGUUCGAGCCACGUUCUCAGAAGGGAAUGCAAAUUCAGUCAGCAUCGAUGACGUGGUGCUGAGACCGGAGCCCUGCGGCCACCCUGCCGAGUGCGUCUUUACAGAUGACCUCUGCGGAUACGUGAGCCACUAUGAAGGGGACUUCCGCUGGCUCGUCGGCACUGGUCGGCUGGCAAGACCCAACAGUCACACAGGGGAACCUUUAUCAGGAGAUGGCUCUGCUUCCUUCGCCUACCUGGAUUUGACAACAGCAACAUCGGGGAAAGGCACCGCUGGCAAGUCGAAGUCCUCGAAGUCAGUGAUUCUUCUGAGUCCGGUUUUCAACACCGAUGACCAUGAGACCACAUUAACAAUUGACUACUUUAGACACGGAUCAGAUAUUACGACGGCGAAUCUCACCGUUUUCUGCUACAAGGAUGAUGUGUCAGACAAGAGUGAAGUGCAGCACUCUCUCCACUUGGCAGAAGUGGAGGAAUGGACGGAUUUGGACGCGAAGCUUAGGCCGGGCACAAGCUGCCAGGUCGUGGUACAGGUGACCCGUGGCGAUGGCACGAAUGGAACGAUUGCCAUACGGAAAAUCGAAGUAACGAGGUCGUUGCUAGAGAACAAAACACACGAAGUUUUGGACACAGCGACUCGUUGUACAUUUGAUAAAGGAAGCAUGUGCGGCUGGGACCCAAGUGGAGGAACGCUUAUAUGGAGGCUCAACGAUCCGGCAAAGAAAAUACCAGCCUAUCCACGCUCUGACCACACUCUGAGGGCUUACAGAGGAAAUUUUAUUUAUGUGUCCAACGACAGAGACAAGUGGUAUGGCACUGGAUCCCUAAAAAGCCCAGAUUUGAACAUCAAUGCCACCAAUUUAGCCUGCUUAAGCUUUUGGCAUUUCACUGACCAUGAACAACGUGCCCACGGAGAUGUGCUUUGCAGUGGAGAGCGCUUGUACAGCUUUGUGAUCAGACGAAACCACAAAUGGAACCACGUUCUCGUCGAUUUCACGACAAGCAUGGAUACAUAUCAGUUGGAGAUUAAAGUGCACAUGGACAAAGGACUGAUUGCGCUCGAUGACUUGGAAGUUACGCCUGGACCAUGUCCUGCAAGAGAUAUUUGCUCGUUUGAGCAAGACUACCCGUGUUAUUUCCGCCAAGAUGCUGGAAACGUCGCCUAUUGGGCCGUCACAACUGCACAGUCGAUCGGCAUCCCUGACCACACCGUGAAAACUCUGAAAGGCCGAUACCUGUACAUGAAUACAACGGGAGUAGAUUCACACCACCCAGUCUCCAGAGUGUUUAUCACUGCCCGGCCACCUACUCAGGCUACUUGCGUCACAUUUUGGUGGAGAGGACAUGGCGUAGCAAGCCAGCUCAAUGUGUACAGUUUUACCAAAGAAACGGCGAUGAGAGACCCACUACUUUCUGUCAGAACCGAGGUGGCAGGGGACUGGUGGAACGUGCGUACGGUCACUGUCACUUCCCGAAGCAGGUGGAACCUCGUAUUUGAAGUGGUGGCUGCAUUGGGAGUGGAGCAUGACUCUGGGGUCAUGCUUGAUGACGUCGAAUUCACCGAUGGAGAAUGCGAACCCUACAACUACUGCUCAUUCGAACAAGAUUGUCUGCCCUGGCGAAUAGCAAACACAGAUGACGACACAAAGUUCGAAGUAGAAAGAGCUGGAUCUUUCGACUUCCUCCCACAAGAUCAUACGACACAGACGGAUGAUGGCUACUUUCUACUCUACAAGAGUCCCGGCAUCGUCGGCAACCAAUCAUCCUUGAUGCUUCGUGAGCCUUCGCGCUACACCUGUGUCUCAAUGUGGUACUAUCUCCCCAUAAUGAAGAAUGGCGUGCGGCUGUUCCUGGAGGACGUAGAAAUGAAUACGACCAAUGGGGUCUGGAAGCGUCGGCAGCUGCAGUUCACAAGCAGCUCGGUCAUUACAGCUCUGUCAGGGAGCAACGAGAAUGGAUUUGUGGCUAUCGAUGACCUGCUGGUCAGUGAGAUGCCUUGCGACGAAGCGGCUCGAUCGACGCGAAUGUUCAACUGCGGCAACAACCAGCUGGUGCCAGUGCAACAAGUGUGCGACUUCGUCCCUGACUGCAACAACGUCGCCGAUGAACGAGAUUGUGGUGCGUGUGACUUCUCCGAAAACACGUGCGGCUGGAACAUAAAGGGCUUCACAAACCGUGACACGAUGGCCUGGCAUCAUACGCCCAUAGGAAGCGUCCCAAGGUCGCCACUAACAGGAUCCGAUGAAAGGCGAGGGGGCAGCUACUUGCUCUUGUAUUCCAAUUUAACCAUUCCGAUGUCGGCGAGCGCCAGAAUCAAUUCUCCCAUCAUAAGAAACACUGACAAGUUAUGCACCAUGCAGUUUUGGUACAACUACGCCGGAGGCGAAAAGCAUGCGGAUGUCGUGCUCAACCUGAAUGUAGGUGGCUACACAAUGCCUGUGUGGAACCUUCGAGGACUUGGCGCGCUACGCCGUGCCGGCAUCUGGAAUAGAGCCAUUUUGAACGUCGGGCGCUACAGAACAGCUAUAACCUUCUCCUUCGAAAGCAGGCGAUAUGCAGGGGAAGACGCCAUGUUUGCUGUAGACAUGAUAAGUUAUCGUGGAUGCGCGCUACCAGCUAAGAAGAACAACUGCACCGACUCGGAGUUCCGUUGUUCCAAUGGAGCAUGCACACAGAAAUACGAUCUAUGCAACUAUGUUGAUGACUGCGGAGAUAACAGCGAUGAAUCAAAGUGCGAUGACUAUCGCCUUCGGUGCAACUUCGACAUUUCGUUCUGCGACUGGACGCCAGAUGCUCCAUUGGAUAAAACGCACAACACUUGGGUUUUGAAGCAUCCAACGGCAUCUUUGUCAGAGUCUCCAACGCGAGAUCACACAACAGGCACCCGUUACGGGAAAUUCAUCAUUCUCCAAUCUGACUCAAAGGUAACAAAAUCGACCAUCUUGGGCCCUACACUGAAUGCUACUAUGGAUUGUGUGAUAACAUUCUUUUUCACACUACGUGGAUGGAGUAUGCCGCAGCUGACACUCAAUGUCCGAACAACUAAGGACGGACCUUUUCAACCUGUGUGGUCCACAGUUGGACAAUCGCAAUUUUCUCACUUCACUGCGGCUAGCGUGCUCUUCGACGAGGCCGUUCCGUAUCAGGUUUCUUUUACCGGAGAACAUAAGGCGCCUGGACACCAAGGUUACAUUGCCAUCGACGACGUGACAUUUUCGAAAAGCUGCAAGACGUAUGAUGAAGAGUUGCCAGCGUCCCCUACGACAACACCGCGACCGUCCACCUGUGAAGAUCAGGAAUUCCAGUGCGGCAACACCACCCAGUGCAUUCUAUCGACUCAAGUGUGUGACUUCAACCCCGAUUGCUCAAAUGGAGCAGACGAAGCGCGGUGUGGUUUCUGCGACUUUUCCAAGGACUUGUGUGGCUUGGAAAACUUGGAUGCGAGCGCGCGCUUUGGUUGGAACUGGACGACUGUGAACUAUGGCAAGCGCAAGAAAUACUUUCCACGUUUCGACCGAAAUUACAGUACAGACGGAGCAUAUGCUGCUUAUUCGUUACUCAACAGUGGUGCACCCCGGGGAGCAGCGAAUGUGAUGAUGACGCCGCGGCUUGGUCAGAUCGCUCGUUCCUGUGUCGUACUUUUUUAUGUCUACCUUCCUGACCAACGAGCAGAUGCACAGCUCACGUUCGGUGUAUAUCCCCAGUCGUCCUCAAGACCAGACGCAAGUGUUGCCCACCGCCUUAUGGUGAUUGCAGGAAAGCACCUAGGAGGAAAAUGGAUACGUUGGGUUGUGAAGACAGGAAGUUGGAAUGCAGGAGCCAGGUUCUUUUAUGAGACUAGCGUUCUUGGUGUGAGCAUUGACAGCCCAACCUACUCCAACUGCCAUCCCGACACCCAAAGUGAAGCAUGGGACGAUUCUCGCCCCAUCACGUGCGACUUCUCCAAGCCUCGCGACUGUGGAUGGUUUCCCGAGGCCUCGCCAGAGAACCUUGAUUGGGUUCUUUAUUCCGGCAACUAUGGAAAUUUGAAACUCAAGUGGCAACCCCAAGAUAGCGCAUCAGACAACGGGGUCUAUAUGUACGCCCGGAACACAGAGUCUACGCAAAAAGUUGCACGGCUUGUCUCCACCCGGAUGAACUCAACUUCUGACGAGGGCCGCUGUUUCACUUUCUGGUACAACAUGUGGCAUCCAAACAGCGGCCAGCUGAACCUCCUCCACCGUGUUGACAACAUUUCCACAAGCCUUCUCUGGACCCGAUCCGGGCCGCAAGGCAAGGCAUGGCAGCUGGGAAUGGCUCAAGUGCAUUCCGAGGACCCAUACCGAUUCAUUUUCGAGGCUGUGUUGCCAUCCCAUAUCCCCGGAAUUAUCGCAAUCGACCACUUCGUGCUCAAGGAUGGCAACUGUGACAGUAGCAAAGUGUGCACAUUCGAGUCCGGCAAUUGUGGCUGGCAGCUGCACAAUUGGGAAGUCACAAAGGGCAGCCGCGCGAUGUUGCCUCCGUCUGAUCACGGUAGCCAGGCACCGUCCGGGAGUUUUGCUUUGGUAAAGUCACCCAUUGGCCGAUUGGUGAGUCCAAAGCGGUUCUACGACGUGUCACAACACAAGUGCCUCCGAUUCUGGUUCUUCAUCGCCGGCACGACGGUGCAAAUGCUUAACCUCACUCGGGUAGCCAAAGACCAGCAAGAGGACUCUCUCUGGUACGCAACCAAGUCACAUGCUCCUUUGGAUCAGUGGUACUCGGCCGCGGUCGACUUGACCAGCGUCCAAGGAGAGGCCGAGCUCGUGUUCGAAGGAACGACGUCUGGCGACCCGGGCACUGCUGUAGCCGUGGACGACAUCAGUCUAGGCGAGACUGCUUGUCCUCCGCCCGCCAGCUGCUCCUUCGAAGAGGAUAUGUGCAACUGGCAGAAUAUUAUAAGUCCCAAAUACGCGCUUUGGUACAGGAACCAAGGCUCCACCGUCACAGUCAGCAGUGGCCUCAAGAAGGACCACACUCUCGGAACCUGA